UCAUAAACCUCAACAUUUUGUCCGCUUUCUUUCUGUGUUCAAUUCAGACAGUGUCUCUCUGUCUUCACAAAUUCAUACAAGGAGAAAACCUGAAACCAAUGGGCGAGGAAAAGCCUGCAGAGGAGAAGAAGCCAGCAGCGGCGGAGGAGGAGAAGAAAGAAGAUGCGCCGCCACCGCCGCAAGAAAUCGUUUUGAAGGUGUUUAUGCACUGUGAGGGCUGCGCCAGGAAAGUCCACAGGUGUCUCAAAGGAUUUGAAGGAGUGGAGAAAGUGAUAACAGAUUGCAAAACGAGUAAGGUGGGGGUGAAGGGGGAGAAAGCAGUUCCGGCGAAGGUGCUCGAGAGGGUGCAGCGGAAAUGCCACCGCAGUGUUGAGCUCGUCUCUCCGAUAGCGACUCCGCCGCAGAAGCCACCGGAGAAGGAGGAGAAAAAAGAGGAGCCUUGUGUGAUUAGAGUGGUGUUGGGAGUUUACAUGCAUUGCGAUGCGUGUGCUCAGGAAAUUACAAAGCGCAUUCUCAGAAUGAAAGGGAUUGAAAGUGCAGAGGCAAACGUCGCGAGGUCGGAGGUAAGCGUGAAAGGAGUGGUGGAGCCCACAGCUCUCGCUGAUUACGUGUACAAGAAAACCGGCAAGCACGCGGCGAUCGUGAAGGUCGAACCGGGGAAGAAAGAGGAGGAGAAACCAAAGGAAGAUAAGAAAGCCAAGGAAGCAGAAUCUAAGAAAGCGGAGGAGGACGGUAAAGAAAGCAAGGAAAACAGCGGCGAGGUGGCGGCAGCAAAGACGGAGGAUCUGAAAAUGGAGGUGAGGAAGAACGAGAUGUACUAUUACUACCCGCAGCAGUUUUACGAGCAGCAGAGAUUUGAUGUGCAAGAGAUGAAUGCGUUUAGCGACGAGAAUCCAAAUGCAUGUGCAGUGAUGUAAAUCCUCAGAAGAUUGAGGGGGUAGAAUGGGGAGAGAAUGAUCGUGGGUAACAUGUGGUCCGGUCAUGGUGGUGGAUACAUAUAAAUCUACAUGAAAGUUCUGUGAGGAUUUUGAACCUUUUGUUUUUAUUUUAAUAUAUUAAACUUUUGAAAUAUUUGUCACAUGCUUUCGAUAAUAGUUGUAUAUUAGUAAUUUAGUAUGUAUUGUGUGUCAUAUCAUAGCAAUCAUAUCAUAUCAUGUUGUAUGUAGCGUUUGGCUUAAUUGAACCUAUUUAGGCUUUUGGUUGAA